GAGCUUCCUGGCUGCUUUGUUUACCUAAGCAAGCCUGGGCAAUGGCGGGCGCCCCUCCCCCAGCCUCGCUGCCGCCUUGCAGCUUGAUCUCAGACUGCUGUGCUAGCAAUCAGCAAGACUCCGUGGGCAUAGGACCCUCCGAGCCAGAUGCGUGACACAAUCUCCUAGUGUGCCGUUUUCCAGGCCCGUUGGAAAAGCGCAGUAUUAGGAUGGGACUGACCCGAUAUUCCAGGCCUAUAACAGAGAGAUGGCUGCAGAUUGUUCCCAUGAAUAGCAUCAAUCUCUUCACCUUCUGGAGCUUCAGCUUGUACUCUUAAGAUGGAAUCCAGCUGGCUGGGUUAUUUUUCUCCAGCAUCUGCACUUCAUUCUCACUGGCCUUUGCUCUCCAAGAAGCCUGUUAAACAAAUCCUCUCUAAGAGAAAUGAAAUAACUUGCCCUGGUUAAAAUGGCUGAAAAAGGACUGAUCCAGGAUUUGAACUUGGUUCUGAUGUUGAAGAGCAUGAUCAAGCAGUAUUGGUGAACUUUUCUCUGACUCUUCAUUAUUUUUAUUUUUAUUUUCUUUUAUUUAUUUUUGUAUUUUUAGUAGAGACGGGGUUUCACCAUGUUGACCGGGCUGGUCUUGAACUCCUGACCUCAGGUGACCUGCCCGCCUCGGCCACCCAAAGUGCUGGGAUUACAGGCUUGGGCCACCGAGGGAGGUGACUCUUCAUUAUAAUGGCUUUUGUGUGUUCCAAAAACAAGUUUUUGCUUUUUGUUUUUUAAGCUUACUAUAUAGAAACAGUUUUAUUACAGAAGUUAAGCACACAGACUCUGAAGUCACACUCUCCAGGUUUGAGUCUUGGAUCUGUUGGUUGCCAGCUGUGUGACCUCAUGCCUCCUCUCUUUAUCUUUGAAAUGGGAAUGAUAAUAGCACCAGCCUCAUAGGACUAUUGUGAAGAUGAAAUGAGUCAACCAAUGUCAAGGGUUUUGCACAGUGCCUGUUAUGUAACUCUUGUCCAGCAGACACAUCCAGUCCUGUGUUGUGUCUAUGUUCUGUGUCCCUUCCUAGAUUCUGUCCUCUGGGAGGGGAGAGAUCCCCUUCAUUCAUUUUCCAAUCCUCCUGUACCUCGCACAACAGACCUUUCGCCAGAUUGGGUGCUCCACAAACAUUUGUCAAAUUGAAUUUGUAAAUCUGCAUGUGUUUGUGCUGGACAAUGAGACACUUACAAGUUUCUGGUCUACGCUAUGCUUUAAUUACCUACGAAUCUUGUAAAGAAAAUGGUUCUUGAAUCAGUCUGGUCAUCUAAAAGCUUUUUUUUGCCCUGUUUUAAAAAAAUCCACAUCAACUCUUUGUCAUUUCUUGGUGCUAGAAACAUUUCAAAUCUCUUCUACCUAAAUGUUUGAGGUGAUGGCUAUCUGGAAUGCCCUGGUUUGAUCAUAAUAUAUUGUAUGCAUGUAUCAAAAUAUCACAUGUAUCCCACAAAUAUGUACAAUUAUCAUGUAUCAAAUACAAAAAUUAAAAAAAAAAUCCAAGCCAUUGCCACUCUGCUUCUGUGAAGAGGAAGCCUUUUUACCUUCAAGCCUUUCCCAAGUCCCUUCCACUUGUAAGGCCACACCUUUUCCUUAGGGAAAGAGGAAAGAAACACCUGUCGCAAGGUUCAAGACCUCUCAGAUACAAUUGGAGGUAUUCAGUUGUAGGUAAACACAAAGCUGUAGGUAAACACAAAAGUGACUGAGGUCUGGAGCUUUGGGUUUCACUUCUAACCAUAAGCAACUGUGUACCUGCUAAGGAAGAAGGCUGCAGACCUGAAAGAAGCCUGGAAGGCACCACAGAAGGCUUGGGGAUUUCUGAGAGGGCACCGGCUCAAGUUACAUUCCCAUAUUAUUUCACUACCCUCAUGCUUGUUUAUUUACAUUUCAGGCUGCCUCACUAGGUGUGGCUGCAGGAGUGAAGGGGCUGGAAGAGGUUUCAAAGGAGAGUGAACGUGGUAGAAAAGGAAAUAUUUGAUUAGAAGUUAACAUGUCCUCUGGGGCUUCUUUGACUUGGAGUACUGUAAAAGUGCAUAGUGUAAUAGUUGAGCACUCCUGGGGGUGGCGGGCGGUCUCUUUGUACAGAGUUGUAGCUUUGUUUCUGAUGAGUUGCAGCUGCUGUGCAUAAUGUAGACUAGAUCAAAUGGGGCAUGGAGGAGAAGAGCCAUUCACAGGACCAGAGUGACGGUGCUCGCUCUCAUGGCAGAAUACUAAAUUAAUCAUCUUCACCUAAACUUGUGCUUUCUCCCGGCCUGUACUUCGGUGAAUACCUGCAAGUUGCUUAGGCUGUAACUUGAAGUCAGCCUACAGUCCUCUUUGUCUCCAGAUCCUGUCCACUCUCCUUUCCGAAGGUCUUUCAGAUCCAUUUCCUUCUUUCCACCUCCACUGGCACUGCCCUCAUACAGAGUCUCAUCAUGUCUUCCUGUAUUGCAGCUUCCUUCCAGGUCUCUCAGCCUCAAGUCUUAGGCCUCCCAUUCAAUUUUCCGUGUUACCGUCAGAGGGAUUUUUCUAAACUAGCUUAAAACCCGUCCGUGGUUCUCCAUGGCCUUCCAGAUCAAAUGUGCUCCCUGAAGACUGGCCUGUGAGCCCCUUCACACCGGUAAUCCUAACCCUGCAUGCAAUUCCCAGAACACAAGGCAUUUGUUCUCAAAUCCUGCAGCUUUCUUUGCUUGCUUCUCCUUCUGCCUGGGAUCCUUCCCAUCCUCCAUGGUUUCUCUCCUCCUUUCCUCCUCCUCAAGUUCAGAUAUUUCCCUCACCUGUAUCCCUCUGUUGUAGGAUUCAUCACAAACUACACUGAAUCUCUUGACUGUGCAGAAGAAUGAAUUGUUUCCCAGCAUCUAGCUUUGACAUAAAAGUUGCUCAAUAAAUACUUGACAAAUGAAUGAACUCUAUUAAAGUAGGGUUCAGUCAUAGUUCAGGGAAGGGGCCCUGAAAUAGCUGGCUCUGAAAGAAGGAAAUACCAGUUAUUGCGAUAAUGUUGUUAGAUGGGUGGAGUUUCACAUUCCAUUAAGGCAUACAGUUUUGUGUUUCUUCAGGCUAAAGAAACUAAAGCCUAUAAAGGCUGAUUUAAAAGACCUCUUCUCUAGACUUGAUGAAACGCUGUAAUUGCAAUCUUUGGCUAACACUGAGGAGUUCAGGAAUGCCAAGCAAGUGUUUCCAGAAAUGUCAAACCUGCUGUUUUAAAAUAUGUCAUUCCAGGGCACAGUUAAAUAUACAACUUGCUCCGAUGAGGUGUGAGAAGUGGGCCGGUGAGCUGUGAAAUGAAAUCUGCCUAAUGAGGGCCAAGGCCAGCACACACAGGGACCUAUUUGCAGUAAAACAACGUGGGGUGACGCCUAAGAAAUAGACAACAUUAACACAAAGGGAGCCUACUACGUAGCACAUUUCCGCUAGACAUAAAAGAGACACCUUUCCAGGCAGCAACUCUAAAAAUGAAUGCAUCACCUAGUGAGGUGCGAGCCUUCCUCCCCACGAGGCGUCCGAUGCAACCGCACGCGGACAGCGGGGCUCCAGCAGAGGCGGAGCGGAUGCGGAGACAAGGCGCCUAGGAGACUGGGCUAAGGCUUUGACUGUCCGAACGAAGAUUCUUUAGAACCUAUUGAUUUUUUCUAGUCUUACGAUUCUUUCGAACCUUUUCAUUCUUUCCAUUCUCGGUUCUAAGCAUUAAAGCGCAGCUGAGAAAGGCAGCAACAAAGAUGGGAAGGGAACUAGCAGGAGUUCUCAGAGAAAAAUGGGUGAUAAUUUAGGGGAGAAGCCAUAAAGAAGAGACUGAGCGAGAAGCAGAGCACACGCAGAAGACGAAACAAGGAAGAGGAGAAGAGAAGAAGAACCUUGGCGAAGGAAGAGGGUGACCAAACUCGUCCUGGACGGGAGGAGGGCAGGCCCGCCCAGAGGGAAUCGGCUGCUUUAAGGGAAGCCCCGCCCCCUGGUGGUGACGCUCCACCAGGCCCAUCCGCGAUUGGCUGCGGCCGGAGGGCGGAACGCGGUUGCUAGGCGAGGAGGGGAUCCGGCUGGCCCCCGCCGCCGGAGCUUGGAGCCGCGGGAGCGGAGCGGAGCGGAGCGGAGCGGAGGUUAGCGGCGUGGCUGGAAGAUGGCGAGCGGCCGGGACAAGCGGCCGCCCUGGCGGCUAGGGCGGCUCCCCUUGCUCCUGUGCCUGCUGCUACUGGGGAGCUCGGCCCGGGCGGCUCACAUCAAGAAGGCAGAGGCGACUACGACAACGACGAGCGCGGGCGCCGAGGCGGCCGAGGGCCAGUUCGACCGUUACUACCACGAAGAGGAGUUGGGCUCGGCUCUGAGGGAGGCGGCGGCCGCGGGGCCCCCCGGCCUGGCCCGCCUCUUUAGCAUCGGCCGCUCGGUGGAGGGUCGGCCGCUGUGGGUGCUGCGCCUCACGGCCGGCCUGGGGUCGCUAAUCCCUGAGGGCGACGCGGGGCCCGACGCUGCGGGGCCGCUGCUGCCCGGCCGGCCCCAGGUGAAGCUGGUGGGCAACAUGCACGGCGACGAGACCGUGUCGCGCCAGGUGCUGAUCUACUUGGCCCGCGAGCUGGCGGCCGGCUACCGCCGCGGGGACCCGCGCCUGGUCCGCCUGCUCAACACCACCGACGUGUACCUGCUGCCCAGCCUCAACCCCGAUGGCUUCGAGCGCGCCCGCGAGGGCGACUGUGGCCUCGGCGACGGCGGCCCGCCCGGUGCCAGCGGCCGCGACAAUAGUCGCGGCCGUGACCUCAACCGCAGCUUUCCCGACCAGUUUAGCACCGGCGAGCCUCCUGCCCUGGACGAGGUGCCCGAGGUGCGCGCCCUCAUCGAGUGGAUCCGCAGGAACAGGUUUGUGCUUUCUGGAAAUCUGCAUGGUGGCUCAGUGGUAGCAAGCUAUCCUUUUGAUGAUUCUCCAGAACAUAAGGCCACUGGAAUCUAUAGCAAAACCUCAGAUGAUGAAGUAUUUAAAUACUUGGCAAAAGCUUAUGCUUCAAACCACCCCAUAAUGAAAACUGGUGAGCCUCAUUGUCCAGGAGAUGAAGACGAGACUUUCAAAGAUGGAAUCACAAACGGUGCACAUUGGUAUGAUGUGGAAGGUGGUAUGCAAGAUUACAAUUAUGUGUGGGCCAACUGUUUUGAGAUCACAUUAGAACUGUCUUGUUGCAAGUACCCACCUGCUUCACAGCUUCGACAGGAAUGGGAGAACAAUCGUGAGUCUUUGAUCACAUUGAUUGAAAAGGUUCACAUUGGAGUGAAAGGAUUUGUUAAAGAUUCCAUAACAGGAUCUGGUUUAGAGAAUGCAACCAUCUCAGUGGCUGGUAUUAAUCAUAAUAUCACAACAGGCAGAUUUGGUGAUUUCUACCGAUUGCUUGUUCCUGGAACUUAUAACCUUACAGUAGUUUUAACUGGGUAUAUGCCAUUGACUGUUACUAAUGUAGUGGUGAAAGAAGGACCAGCCACAGAGGUGGAUUUUUCUCUUAGGCCAACUGUAACUUCAGUAAUCCCUGACACAACAGAGGCUGUAGCAACUGCUAGCACAGUUGCUAUACCUAAUAUUCUUUCUGGAACAUCAUCCUCCUACCAGCCAAUUCAGCCAAAGGACUUUCACCACCACCAUUUCCCUGAUAUGGAAAUCUUCUUGAGAAGGUUUGCCAAUGAAUAUCCUAACAUUACCCGGCUUUAUUCAUUGGGAAAAUCAGUAGAGUCAAGAGAACUUUAUGUGAUGGAGAUAUCUGAUAAUCCAGGUGUCCAUGAACCAGGUGAACCAGAAUUUAAGUACAUUGGAAAUAUGCAUGGAAAUGAAGUGGUUGGAAGAGAACUGCUGUUGAACCUCAUCGAAUACCUUUGUAAGAACUUUGAAACAGACCCUGAAGUCACAGAUUUGGUUCAUAACACUAGAAUUCACCUUAUGCCAUCCAUGAAUCCUGAUGGGUAUGAAAAGUCCCAGGAAGGAGAUUCAAUAAGUGUAAUUGGCAGAAACAACAGCAACAACUUUGACCUGAACCGAAAUUUCCCAGACCAGUUUGUUCAGAUCACAGAUCCUACACAACCAGAAACUAUUGCUGUAAUGAGCUGGAUGAAGUCCUAUCCAUUUGUACUUUCAGCAAACCUGCAUGGAGGUUCUUUGGUGGUUAACUACCCGUUUGAUGAUGAUGAACAAGGACUUGCCACAUAUAGUAAAUCACCAGAUGAUGCUGUGUUUCAACAAAUAGCACUUUCUUAUUCCAAGGAAAAUUCCCAGAUGUUUCAAGGUAGACCUUGCAAGAAUAUGUAUCCUAAUGAAUAUUUUCCUCAUGGAAUAACAAAUGGAGCUAGUUGGUAUAAUGUCCCAGGAGGAAUGCAGGACUGGAACUAUUUACAAACAAAUUGCUUUGAAGUGACUAUUGAACUAGGUUGUGUGAAAUAUCCAUUUGAGAAAGAGCUGCCAAACUUUUGGGAACAGAAUCGAAGAUCACUAAUCCAGUUUAUGAAACAGGUUCAUCAGGGUGUCAAAGGAUUUGUUCUAGAUGCCACAGAUGGCAGGGGUAUAUUAAAUGCCACCAUUAGUGUUGCUGAGAUUAAUCACCCAGUGACUACUUACAAAACUGGAGAUUACUGGCGUCUCUUGGUUCCAGGAACUUAUAAAAUCACAGCAUCUGCUCGAGGGUAUAAUCCAGUUACCAAGAAUGUGACUGUCAAGAGUGAAGGCGCUAUUCAGGUCAACUUCACACUUGUUCGAUCCUCAACAGAUUCAAACAAUGAAUCAAAGAAAGGAAAAGGGGCUAGCACCAGCAUCAGUGGUGCCAGUGAUCCAACUACUAAAGAGUUUGAAACUUUAAUUAAAGACCUUUCAGCGGAGAAUGGUUUGGAAAGCCUCAUGUUACGCUCCUCCUCAAAUCUGGCUCUGGCUCUUUAUCGAUACCAUUCCUACAAAGACUUAUCAGAGUUUCUGAGAGGACUUGUAAUGAACUAUCCACAUAUUACAAAUCUUACCAAUUUGGGACAGAGCACUGAAUAUCGUCACAUUUGGUCCCUUGAAAUCUCCAAUAAGCCCAAUGUAUCUGAGCCUGAAGAACCAAAGAUUCGUUUUGUUGCUGGUAUCCAUGGAAAUGCACCAGUUGGAACUGAACUGCUUUUGGCUCUGGCAGAAUUUCUCUGCCUGAACUACAAAAAGAACCCAGCUGUUACCCAAUUGGUUGACAGGACUAGGAUUGUGAUUGUCCCUUCUCUAAAUCCAGAUGGGCGAGAGAGAGCUCAAGAGAAAGACUGUACUUCAAAAAUAGGACAAACAAAUGCUCGUGGCAAAGAUUUGGAUACAGACUUCACAAAUGAUGCUUCCCAACCUGAGACUAAAGCCAUCAUUGAAAAUUUGAUUCAAAAACAGGACUUUAGUCUUUCUGUUGCCUUAGAUGGUGGUUCUGUGCUGGUCACAUAUCCUUAUGACAAGCCAGUACAGACAGUGGAAAAUAAAGAGACUCUGAAGCAUUUGGCAUCUCUUUAUGCAAAUAAUCAUCCAUCCAUGCACAUGGGUCAGCCCAGUUGCCCAAAUAAAUCAGAUGAGAAUAUUCCAGGAGGAGUAAUGCGUGGAGCAGAAUGGCAUAGUCACCUGGGCAGCAUGAAGGAUUAUAGUGUCACCUAUGGCCAUUGUCCGGAAAUCACAGUAUACACAAGCUGCUGUUACUUUCCUAGUGCUGCACAACUCCCUUCCUUGUGGGCAGAUAAUAAGAGAUCUCUUCUUAGUAUGUUAGUGGAGGUUCACAAAGGAGUUCAUGGAUUUGUUAAAGAUAAGACUGGAGAGCCAAUCUCUAAAGCAGUCAUUGUACUUAAUGAAGGAAUAAAGGUACACACAAAAGAGGGAGGUUAUUUCCAUAUACUGUUAGCACCAGGUGUCCAUAACAUCAAUGCCAUCGCUGAUGGGUACCAGCAACAACAUUCACAGGUCUUUGUGCAUCAUGAUGCAGCUAGUUCUGUGGUGAUAGUCUUGGACACAGAUAACCGGAUAUUUGGUUUGCCAAGGGAGCUUGUGGUGACUGUAUCAGGUGCUACUAUGUCGGCAUUGAUCCUAACAGCUUGCAUUAUUUCGUGCAUCUGCUCAAUCAAGUCUGAUAGACACAAGGAUGGUUUUCAUCGGCUCAGGCAGCAUCAUGAUGAGUAUGAAGAUGAAAUUCGCAUGAUGUCUACUGGCUCCAAGAAGUCCCUCCUAAGCCAUGAGUUCCAGGAUGAAACAGACACUGAAGAGGAAACAUUAUAUUCUAGCAAACAUUGAAAAACACAUUUUGCAUAUCUCCCAGCAUAAGUACCAAGCAAAAUUACAGUUCCUCUUGGGAGAACACUGCAUUAAGAAGAGACACUCUUGCUUCUUCAAAGAGCUUUGGGAAGUUAAAUUGCUAAAUUUGUAUUCUCUGUGAAUUUCACUGGCAGUUUUGAACUUCCCUUCCUUAAAGUACUCUUAACCUUUAAAAAAGAAAUCUGAUUUCUGUUUAUGCAGCAGAGAUGGGACAGCCACUUUUUCUUUUUAAUUUAAGAUGAGCUAUUUGGAGCUUAUGUAAUAAUGGCAUAAAGCCAACUAGAGGAUGUUAUAUUUUGCACAUCAGGUGUUUACUAGCGGCUUAAGUAUUUUUCUUUGUUUUAAAUGGCCAAAAGAAUCCAGAAACAUGAAGGCAGGGACAGCAGUCAGAAUCGACAUAAAGCUUUAAAAACUCAAGGUUUUUUCAGCCUACUGAGGAGUACUUUUCUCUAGUUGUUAAAUAGCUGGAGUUUCUCUUAUUCAGGUUUAAUGGAGGUUGAAUUGAUUUUUAAACACAUAUAACAGUAGGAAAUGAAUAAAUGGGCUUCUGCAUUUGGCUUUCUACCUAUUCCAAGGCUAGGUCGGAACUGGUAGACUACGCUGUAAGCAGGAUUUCACUACCUCUCUUAAGGUUUAGCAAACUUCUAAAUAGCCCAUUUUAAGGGAGAACUUACUAACUUUGUUGUGAAAAGUCUAAAUGCCCACUUGAAUGAAGCUGAGAGAGAUCUAGCAAAAGCUAAAACUCAUGUUGCCUAUCUUUGAACUUGGUAAAAACCCACAGGUGCUGCUGCUUAUAUCUGUGAAGCACUAGCUUAUUCUAGGAAUGCCUGAUUCUUUAAUAUUGCCUAAAUCGGAACCUUUUUCUAUGUUGCACACAUGGUUUUCAGAUGACCCAGCCAUCUACAAGAUCUGAAUUCUACUGAAAAUAUCUAGAAAUGUGGAAGAGACCUACUUGCACAUUCUUAACCUGUAUUUGAACACAAAAUAUCUAUACUUCAUGCUCCAGCCCAAGCCUAUACCCUGUAAUAGCAUACUAUUACUGAAAUUGCUUGGCCGGUCUUGUUCACAUGGGCCUCUGGGAGUGAUUUGGUCCUUUCUCCUAAUGUUUCAUUUGACAGUCUCUUUUUGAUCAACCAAUUUUGCUAAAAGUUUAGUCGAAAGCUUUUAAGUAUAGCUUCCUCCCUUGAAAAAAGUGUAAACUAUGACUGCUGAGUGAUAAAACACUGUGGUGUGAAAGUGUCAUCUUCACUGCCAAUCAGGCAAAGACCUGAAAGAUUUGCAUUUUAUUGUGUCUGUCUUAUGUAAUGGAAAUGAUGCUUUUUGUAAGUAUGCAUCUUACCAAUGAUCUAACGGUUUAAUACCUUUGAAUGUUUUAAUGACCAAGUUGCUGCUGAACUUACACUAGAUCAGGGGAUCAAAAAACUUGCUCUCAUCUUCUCAAAUUGUAUUCUAUAUCCAUUAAUGUAUCAGUUAUCCCAAAGCCUUCAGGUGGAGUGGUUUACCACCUACCUAGGUCGUUCAACCAGGUUUUGUGAGGAAUGCAUUCAAAGUGGCUUUAUAAAAGAAGAUUUUGUUUAGCAAGAAUAAUGAGGUCAUGUCAUUUGUUAAUAAGUAUCUGUGAUAAAUCCGUGGUUCAAGGUUAAGCCAUUCUGGUAUUCUGGUAUUAGCAACUGUAAAUUCUGCCACCUCAUACAUGGAACAGGGCUUGUGGGAUGCUAAUAGUUAGUGAAGUAUAUAUGAUUUAAUUUCUUCUAAUAAUCUUUAUGUUUUCUUUAAGGAUGGUGGUGUAUUGCUCUUUUUCAGCUUUAUUUUUAAGAGUACAGUCAGGAAACCAACAAGGGGCCUAAGAGUGGCUGCCCCUGCUUGGAACAUUACAGCAAAUGAAACAAAGUUAAUGUGACAGGCUUUGCUUUGUUAUCAUUGGUCUUCACUAGAGGAUACCUUUUACAUUUACUUCUCUCUUGGAUCAAAUAUAUCUUUAACUGUACAUCUCAGUGGCUAGAGGCCAUGCCUUUAAAGCAUGUGUAAAAUUUUUAAAGAAAUGAACAUACACAUAGUUAUUUUAGUAAUAUUUCCUGAAAGAAAAACCAAAUUCUGCUAUAAAUCUUGAUCUUCAAUGAACUUUUAAAUAACGCAUUUAGCUGGAAAACAAGACUUUCCCAGCUUGUGUUACCUAGAAGCGUGAAUGUAUAGGAUACCUGACUACUAAGACUAUAUUCUCAGCCCUGCCCUGUCUUUUAUUUGCGGAUCUAAUCUAAUAUUAGAACAUAUUAACCGCUUAAGGCAUUGAAGCCAUAUGGGGUGGGGAAUGCAUUUCUUCAGUGUUUCUCCGAGAGACUUUCCAUUUCCUUGGAGUUACGGAGGCAAGUAGGUAUCAUAGUAUUAAGAAAUUUGCCUAAACCUGAGUUGUGCCUUUCUUUACUCACAAGGCAUGGGUUUUGUCCUGGUGAUCAGUUUGUAAGCCUUCUUCCUUCCCAGCUCCUUAAUAAAAGCAAAGUGAUUGAGUAGGUAAUGUUCAAAGUGUCUGCCUGUGUACAUGUACAUGUAUUGAUUAUGUAGUUCAGUAAAAUGUGCCCAAGUCAUUUCAGAAAGAAAGACCCUUUGGUUCUGAUGCAUUUUGCUGAACUCUUGGGUAGUGAGUGGGAUCCUAUCCAGUUGAGCAAUGCUCAUUGAAGGGAUUUACUUUGGGACUUUGUUAUCUUCCAGAAAGGAAACAUAUUGUAUAUUUGGCCCAGUGUAAUUGAUUGCUUAAUCUUUGGUAACUUUUAUUUGAAUGGGAUUUGCUAAAUUAAUGACUAUUGAAUUUAAAACCAAUUAUGAGUUGACAAAUAAAUAAAAGGUAGUGUUUAUGUCUGAGCUUAUUGUGUUUGAGCUGACACCAGGUUACUCAGUAACCAUGACCUGCUCCUCCAUUUCCAUUUAUUCUCAACAUUGAAUAGUUUUAUCUUGUUGUUGCCAGAAAUGCAUUUGUGCCAGGUAUUGUCCUUGCUGUAUGAAAAGCUUCUUGGCAAUGAAUUCUGUAAUAGUGCCCUACAUUAUGGUUUUCUGGUGGAAUUGUUUUAACAGUGACAACCCAGCAUUUCCAAUAUAAUUUUUCUUUAUUGUUAUUAUCAAAAAUUCCACUAUGAUUGAUGUUCAGUGAUUUUCUAUAGCAACUUUUUUGGUAACUCUUUGGGUUUCUGAUUUGUUUUAGCUAAAAUUUUGGGGGGAUGAUUUGGGUCUUUGAUUAAUGUCAACUGAACUUGGAUUUCUAGUUCAUGAAGAAAUCUCUCCCAAUACCCAUUUAUCCUAUUUUUAGCAAUAAUUCAUUAAUGAUUCCACUUGAUUUUCAGAAUAUUGUCCUGGUUGAUUUUGAUUUGACAGAGUACAUUAUGAAAUUUGAAAAUAGGUUACCAUUUUGAGGCAGUUGGAUAUAAAUUAUGUAAAUAUGUAUGAUUAUGACUUUUAUAAAUGGCAUAACAUGAGUGUACUAACUACCUUCUAUGCUGGCCAUGCUACAGAUUUUCUGGAGGUAUGACAUAAUAGUAUUUUUUUAUGCUUAGAUUAAAAAUCAGCUUUUCACCUCUCCAGUUUUUCCAAGUGAUACUCCCAGUUCUAGAGCAAUCUACAGCUGUUUGUAUGAGGUGCCCAACACCCAUUCAUCUCAAGUGCUUCAGUCUUUGGUUUAUUUCAUGCACUGUGCCUUCAAAAUGAAAUUUUUAAAAGGGACUUUAAAUGAAGUUGAAUAGUAGUUUUUAAAAGUCAAUGUGUAAUUUAUGUGAAAUCUAACUGUAAUGAGGUCCUUUCUGUUUUUUAUAUGUAAACAGAUCUACUAAUCCUGUAUAAAAGUUAUUUUACGA